UGGAUAAAUUCAAAACGCAUGGAUCAUUUCAUUUUAUAACUGCCCAUCAGCCAGAGGUCCUGCGGUCCUGCCUGCGUGGAGGUGGUGCAGCCAGAGGGCAUCUCCCUCCUCCAGCUCGGAAUUUCAAGGAUCGAUGCUCUCCUUUUCUCAAAGCAACCAGUUUGGAGAGAGAGAGGGGGAGGACCCAGCCAGCCAGUCAGCCACUAUUUAGAGAGAGGCACGGAGUUUGGAGAGAGAGAAUCAGAUCGGCGCGGUCGAAGCUGGCCGGCAUUUCGGAUCCCCAGUUCAUCCGGAUCAAUCAGGAUCAGUCAGCACAAACAAACUAGGAGGAGACGUUCCAUAUUCGUAGGAUCGAUCCUCCCAACGAGUACUAUAACUAGCAGUAUAUCAUUGGCCCCGUUGAUGCGUGGGAGGCAAUGGCGGCGGCGGCGUCAUCUCCUUCCCCCGCUCCGGCGGCCAAGAAACAGAACAAGUGGCUCCGCGGAAACAACAAGGUGAUCGAUAGGUACCUCGGCGAGGCGCGGGCGGCUCUCGCUGCGGCGGCGCAGCAGGACACCGAGGAUGGGGACGACGCGGCGGCGGCGGCGCUCGGCUUGGUGAACCUGGUUCUGGAGAUGUCGCCGCGGGCCGAGGCGGCGCUGGAGCUCCGAGCGCGCGCGCUUCUCGCGCUCAGGCGCUACCGCGACGUCGCCGACAUGCUCCGCGACUACAUACCCAGCUGUGGCAAGUCCUGCUGCUCGGGCGACGACGCCACCACCACCACCACCUCCUCCUGUUCGUCCGGCUCCGGCGACCUCGCCGCCGCCUCUAGGAUGGAGCUCCUGUCCCCGGACCGCGACCGCUCCGACGCAGGCGCUGCCGCCGCUCGCUUCCUGUGCUUCGACGUAUCCGAGCUGAAGCGCCGCCUCGUCGCCGGCUUCUCCAGGAGCUCCAACACCGAAGCCCAAUGGAGGUACCUGGUCUUGGGGCAGGCCUGCUUCCACCUCGGAUUAAUGGAGGACGCGGUGGUGCUUCUCCAAACCGGCCGCCGCCUCGCCUCGGCGGCGUUCCGUCGCGAGAGCGUGUGCUGGUCGGAGGACAGCUUCUCGCCGCCGAACAUGACGGUCAGCAGAAGAACGUCCAAGUCCGGCUCCGCAUCCGUGGCGCCGGCGGCAAGCGAGGCGGAGUCCGUGUCGCAGCUGCUUGCGCACGUGAAGCUCCUCCUCCGUCGUCGCGCGGCGGCGAUGGCGGCGCUCGACGCCGGGCUCCCAGCGGAGGCCGUGCGCCAUUUCAACAAGGUUCUGGACACGCGCCGCAGCGUGCUGCCGCACCCCUUCGCCACAGCCUGCCUCGUCGGCCGCGCCGCCGCGUUCCGGUCGGCGGGGCGCCCGGCAGACGCCAUCGCUGACUGCAACCGCGCGCUGGCGCUCGACCCGGCGUUCAUCCCGGCGCUGCGCGCGCGCGCCGACCUGCUGGAGUCGGUCGGGGCGCUCCCCGACUGCCUCCGGGACCUCGACCACCUCAAGCUCCUCUACGACGCCGCGCUCCGGGACGGCAAGCUGCCUGGGCCGAGCUGGCGGCCGCAGGGCGGCGUCCGGUUCGGGGAGAUCGCCGGCGCGCACCGCACGCUCACCGGGCGCAUCCAGCAGCUCCGCGGCCGCGUCGCCGCCGGCGCCGGCGAGGGGUGCAGCGUCGACUACUACGCGCUGCUGGGCGUGCGGCGGGGCUGCACGCGGUCGGAGCUUGAGCGCGCGCACCUCGUGCUGACGCUGAAGCUCAAGCCGGUGCGUUCCGUGUCGUUCGCGGAGCGGCUGGAGCUCGUGGACGAGCACCGCGACCUCGAGGCCGUGCGCGACCAGGCGCGCAUGUCGGCGCUGUUCCUGUACCGGAUGCUGCACAAGGGGUAUUCGUUCAUCAUGUCGGCGGUGCUGGACGAGGAGGCGGCGGCGAGGCAGCAACAAGAUGAAGCAGCAGUAGCAGCCAGGACGACCGCGGCAGCUGCAGGGACACCAACGAGCAUGGGCCCGGGGUUGCAAGGCGUCUUCUGCCGCGACAUGGCGGUGGUGGGCUCCCUGCUGUCCCGAGGCGGCUUCGACCGGCCGAUUCCGGUCAAGUGCGAGGCCAUGAGCUGCUAGCAGCAUUGCUUUGCUUGGAUGGUUGGUUGGCUAUUUGGCUGGCUGGCGGGAGAAGAAGAUGCGGUCUAGUCGUCUAGAGAAGAGAAGUCGAGGCACUAGUACAGUAUUACCAGCUAGCAUCGUACAGUUUGGGGAAAGGAUAAAUAAGCCAAAAUAGGAUGGGAAAUUUUGAUUUUUGUUUUGUUCGGCAGGUCAGGUCCUUCGUUUUUUUUCCUCUGUGAGUUUGGGCUGCAGGCUAGUCCCCUCUGUCCUCCCUCCUUGGCUGUGUUUAGUUCCAAAAUUUUUCUCUUCAAA